AUGGUGGCGACACUCGAGCAGGAAAUCACAGACCUGCAGGAGGCAGCUGCCAAGCAGGGCGAUGUCGUGCGGUCUCUGAAGGCACAGGCCAAGGAUGGCAAGGCGGAUAAGGCCGAUGUGGAGGCGGCGAUCCAGAAGCUGCAAGAGCUCAAGGUCGAGCUGGAGGGCAAGCAGAAGGAGUAUGAGAAGGCCACUGGCAAGGUGUCUUCGCAGAGCAAGGAGGCCUUCCGCGCCGCGCUGACCAACCUGCUGGAGCGGCGCCUGUUCUACGUGCCGUCAUACAAGAUCUAUGGCAGCGUGGCCGGCUUCUACGACUACGGGCCCCCAGGCUGCGCCAUCAAGAACAACCUGACGCAGGCGUGGCGCCAGCACUUUGUUCUGGAGGAGAACAUGCUCGAGGUGGAGUGCCCUGCUGUGACCCCCGAGAUCGUCCUGAAGGCCAGCGGCCACGUAGACCGCUUCACCGACUUCAUGGUCACAGACCUCAAGACGGGCGACCCCUACCGCGCGGACCAUUUGGUGGAGGGCCACCUGGAGGCGCUGCUGGAGGACACCAAGGCGCCCCUGGCCGCGGAUGAGAAGAGGGAGGUGAAGGAUCUGCUGGCAGGCGUGGGGGAGAUGGACGGCGCCGCGCUGGGCGCCCUCAUCACGCGGUUUGGCAUCAAGGCCCCCGACACCAAGAACGACCUGUCCGCGCCGUUCCCCUUCAACCUCAUGUUCAAGACGUCCAUCGGCCCCAAGGGUGACAUGGUCGGCUACCUGCGUCCAGAGACUGCGCAGGGCAUUUUUGUCAACUUCAGGGACCUGCUCUACUACAACGGCAACAAGCUGCCCUUUGCGGCGGCGCAGAUUGGCAACAGCUACAGGAACGAGAUCAGCCCCCGGGCGGGCCUGCUGCGCGUGCGCGAGUUCACGCAGGCCGAGAUCGAGCACUUUGUCAACCCUGAUGACAAGAGCCACCCCAAGUUUGUCAACGUGAAGGACCUGCAGCCGCUGCUCUACUCGCGGGAGCUGCAGAUGGGUGAGGAGAAGCGCCCGAAGCCCAUGGCCCUGGGCGAGGCCGUGUCUCGCGGCAUCAUCGCCAACGAGACCCUGGCCUACUUCAUCGGCCGCACCUGGCUGCUGUUUGGCAAGCUCGGCGUCAACCUCAACCGCAUGCGCUUCAGGCAGCACCUGCAGCACGAGAUGGCACACUAUGCGGAGGACUGCUGGGAUGCCGAGGUGGAGACCUCCUACGGCUGGGUGGAGUGCGCGGGGCUGGCGGACCGCAGCGCGUACGACCUGCGCGCGCACACGGCCAUGAGCAAGACGGAGCUCACCGCGUAUGAGAAGUUCCCAGAGCCCCGGGAGGUGGAGGUCACCAC